UCUUGGUGAAGAAGAAGGAGCAGAGAUCAAAAGCUCCUCUACACUCUACAUUACCUCCGUCUCUUCGAUCCCGUCCACUCCGAUCGAUUCUGUUCGCUGCUCCGGCGAUUGAUUCCGUCGUCUCCUCUCAUCUCCUCUCCUCUCCUCUUCGGCCGUCAGAUUGGCUGAUAGCCAAAAUGUCUACGCAAAUGGUUGAAGUUCCUCCAAAGGGUGGAUUUAGCUUUGAUCUGUGUAGGAGGAAUGCUAUGCUUGCUAAGAAGAGUGAGGGUGCCAAGGCCCCUUCUUUCAGGAAAACGGGAACGACGAUUGUGGGGUUGAUUUUCCAGGAUGGUGUCAUUCUUGGAGCUGAUACUAGAGCAACUGAAGGACCUAUUGUUGCUGAUAAGAACUGCGAGAAAAUUCACUACAUUGCACCAAACAUAUAUUGCUGUGGUGCUGGAACUGCUGCAGAUACAGAGGCAGUAACAGACAUGGUGAGCUCACAGCUGCAAUUGCAUCGCUACCAUACCAGCCGUGAAUCCAGGGUUGUGACGGCGCUGACACUUCUGAAGAGGCACCUUUUCAACUAUCAAGGUUACGUUCAGGCUGCUCUGGUUCUUGGUGGAGUUGAUGUUACUGGACCUCACUUGCACACUAUAUAUCCCCAUGGCUCGACAGACACACUACCAUUUGCUACAAUGGGUUCGGGUUCUCUUGCUGCAAUGUCUGUAUUUGAAGAUAAAUUCAAAGAAGGCUUGACGAGAGAAGAGGGCAUUAAGCUGGUGACUGAGGCAAUAUGUGCGGGUAUUUUCAAUGAUUUGGGAUCUGGAAGCAAUGUUGAUGUGUGCGUCAUAACUAAGGGUGAUAAGGAGUACCUGAGGAACCAUCUGAUGCCUAACCCCCGUACAUAUGUCAGCGAGAAAGGGUAUACUUUCCCCAAGAAGACUGAGGUUCUCUUGACGAAGAUUACUCCUCUGAAGGAGACGGAAGAAAUUCCUGAAGCGAGGGACGAUAUGGAAGAGUAGAGUUCUCACGGUGAUACUUGUUUGAUGCUUCUAAUGAGGUACGCAGCUGGAACAGUAUCCCAGCUGGUUCAGUAUUCAAGGCUGAAGCCUCUUUAGCAUCUGCAAACUCGAACGCACUAGCAAAGAUUUUUCAUGUGAUGACCCAACAAAGAAGUUUGUGUGAGAAAAUUACACUGUACUCUGUGACGAAUCCGGUUUCUUCUACUUGGAUGAUUCCUCUGUUCAUUAAAUCCUCUUUAUACACUGUCUGCGUUGUUCUCU